AUGACCUUCACGUGGGGACUUGGGUCAUCUUCUUCGAAAAAGAUGUCGAAAGAUUCUUCUAAGACAUACUCCGUGAUAUCCGUCUCUUUAUAUUCUGCUUUUGCAAGCCUUGCAAUUGCUCCUGGAUCUCCAUGCCUGGGACUGCGAGGCGACUUCGUGGAUGCGAAUGCUAGCCCUCGGGAGACGCGGCCGCUGCAGGUCCAAGGCGCGCUGGCGGGAAGGAAGCCCUUGUGUGAGCCGCGUUACUCUCGUCCGAAGCCCUUGUGUGAGCCGCCUUUCUCUCGUCCGAAGCCCUUGUGUGAGCCGCGUUACUCUCGUCCGAAGCCCUUGUGUGAGCCGCGUUACUCUCGUCCGAAGCCCUUGUGUGAGCCGCGUUACUCUCGUCCUAAGCCCUUGUGUGAGCCGUGUUACUUUCGUCCUAAGCUCUUGUGUGAGCCGCCUUUUUCUCGUCCUAAGCCCUUGUGUGAGCCGCGUUACUCUCGUCCGAAGCCCUUGUGUGAGCCGCCUUUUUCUCGUCCUAAGUCCUUGUGUGAGCCGCGUUGCUCUCGUCAUAAGCUCUUGUGUGAGCCGCCUUUCUCUCGUCCUAAGCCCUUGUGUGAGUCGCCUUUUUCUCGUCCGAAGCCCUUGUGUGAGCCGCGUUACUCUCGUCCGAAGCCCUUGUGUGAGCCGCGUUACUCUCGUCCGAAGCCCUUGUGUGAGUCGCGUUACUCUCGUCCUAAGCUCUUGUGUGAGCCGCCUUUUUCUCGUCCUAAGCCCUUGUGUGAGCCGCGUUGCUCUCGUCCUAAGCCCUUGUGUGAGUCGCCUUUCUCUCUUCCUAAGCCCUUGUAUGAGCCGCGUUACUCUCGUCCGAAGCCCUUGUGUGAGCCGCCUUUCUCUCGUCCGAAGCCCUUGUGUGAGCCGCGUUGCUCUCGUCCGAAGCCCUUGUGUGAGCCGCCUUUCUCUCGUCCUAAGCCCUUGUGUGAGCCGCGUUACUCUCGUCCUAAGCCCUUGUGUGAGCCGCGUUGCUCUCGUCCUAAGCCCUUGUGCGAGCCGCCUUUCUCUCGUCCUAAGCCCUUGUGUGAACCGCGUUACUCUCGUCCGAAGCCCUUGUAUGAGCCGCCUUUCUCUCGUCCGAAGCCCUUGUGUGAACCGCGUUACUCUCGUCCGAAGCCCUUGUAUGAGCCGCCUUUCUCUCGUCCUAAGCCCUUGUGUGAACCGCGUUACUCUCGUCCGAAGCCCUUGUCCCUUGUGUGA